GCCUACCCUUCCUUAGCUUCACAAGCUACGCCAAACAAGCAGGACAAGUCUCGAACUACCACUCACAUACCAGAACCAACCCGUCACUCUUUUUUACCUCUUCCCUCCCCAGUCCUUGGUGUAGCAGUACCGUCGUCACUUUGCAUUGACGCUUGUCUAGCCACUUGUCAGCACUAUCCACCGCCGCCAUGCAUUCCGUCGCACCCCGUCUGCUCUCCAGAGCUUCUGCUUCUCCUUCUUCUUCUAUUCGUUCUAAUGUUUUGAUCUCCUCGCGAUCUUCCUUCCGUCUUCAGCAGCGAUUCCCGGCGCGUCGCUUUUACUCCUCCGAGCCUCCCAAGAAGUCUUCCGGCAUCAAGUUCUGGCCAUUCCUCGUCGUCAUUGGUGGUGGUAGCUUAGCCUACAAGUUUCUUGUAGACCAGAGAGCAGAAAUGGCCGCUCUUCCCGCUCCCUCAUCCAACUCCGCCCUCCCCUCCCCUCAAAAGUCCACGCCGACCUUCUCCCCCGACGACGUCACCGUCCUCUUCGUUCUUGGCGGCCCCGGCGCCGGAAAGGGCACCCAAUGCGCCAAGCUGGUCUCCGACUACGGCUUCACUCACCUCUCCGCCGGUGACCUCCUCCGCGCUGAGCAGGACCGCCCCGGCUCGCAAUUCGGUCAACUUAUCAAGGACUAUAUCAAGGACGGUCUCAUCGUGCCUAUGGAAGUGACCGUUCAGCUCCUCGAGAACGCCAUGACCGAGACCAUUAAGAAGCAGGGCAACAAGCGCUUCCUCAUUGACGGCUUCCCGCGUAAGAUGGACCAGGCCAUCAAGUUCGAGGAGACCGUCUGCCCUGCCAAAUUCGUCCUCUUCUACGACUGCCCCGAGAGUGUUAUGGAGAGCCGCCUGCUCGAACGCGGCAAGACGAGCGGCCGCACCGACGACAACGCCGAAAGCAUUCGCAAGCGCUUCCGCACGUUUGUCGAGACCAGCAUGCCCGUGGUGGACUACUUCCAGAAGCAAGGCCGCGUUGUCAAGCUCGAUGCUACGCCUCCACCGCAGGAUGUCUACGCCAAGACCCGCGCGGAACUUAGCAAGCGUCUGGGUCUGUAGAUGAAGGUUCAAACUAUUGCUUGGCGAUUGCCGAGUACAGCCUAGAGAAGAAAUGGUGCCCACAGCAACCGGCCGGUGAGUAUGCAAAUCAUCCCGCCCGUUCCACCCGCUCCCCAGAGAACAAUUGGAAAGUCGUGGUUCUGGCGUGUUAGAAACAACUUCGCAUCUUCUGGGGGUGAUAACAUCCAGGAAAAGUAUAAACAAUAUCUGGAUCGGGUUAGAAGAAAAAACAUGGCCUGGGUGCAAAAAGGUGGAGGAUAUGAGGGGUGUGUGAGCUGUGUGGUUUGCCGCGUCGACUCUCGACAGAGAACCCGCCUUGCGUGCGUGUGAAAUUGGACAAUUUGAGACUCCUUCUAUUCUCCUUUGUCGUUGGCUAUUGUAUAUCUAGAGAGAGAGAGAGAGCGGUCUACGACUCGAGUUCUUGGAAAAUGAAAUCAUAGAAAUCAACUCACACCAAAACACCAAAGCAUAUUCUUGCUGACCACCACGCGUCCUCACC